CGCCCUCCAUCAAGCAUGGCUGCCCAUCCUGAGUGGUCACGUGCCCCCGCGCCCCCCUUCACUGGCGUCACUCGGCUCGGCGCUCUUCUCCCGCGGCGGCGCGACCUUUGCCCUUUGCCCCUUAGCGACGACCUCUCGCCUUCCUCGGGAUGGCGCGGCGGCUGGGCUGCGGCUUCCGCCUGCGCUUCGGCCUCGUCGGACUUCCCGUGCCGGCCGCUGGGCCUCAUCGGACCCCUCAUAAGCCUCCCGCCCUGGCCAGCCUUGAGACCCCCCGUGUGCCAAUUCUCUGCAAAGGCAAACUCCAAAACACUUAUUUCCACGCUGGUCUCAAAAGCCAAAAAUAUAAAUGAGAAGUAUGAAAGAUAUUUGGAAAAGACAUUCCCACGUUUCUACCUGCUGUAUUCAACCUUUCUCAAAGGGAUUCGGAUAUUCUAUGCGGAGGUAAAAGAAAUAAGAAGAAUAAAGGCCAAUAUGUCACAUAAAAAUAUCCAGUUUUAUCAGCUUCCGUACAGGGAGAUGGAGAGACUGAGACAGUUUCGCAGGGAUCUGAUCAAGGCCAUUCCUAUUGGGAUUCUCUCGCUUCCACCCUUUGCUAACUACCUGGUCCUUGUGCUCAUGUAUCUGUUCCCAAGACAACUCUUGAUCCGCCACUUCUGGACUCCGAAACAACAAGUCGAGUUUCUGGAUGCAUAUCACAAUACAAGGAAGGAGGCAUAUGCCGAAGUAGUCAGUGAGCUACUGCACCUGUCUCGUUUCCUAGCCGACCCACAGCUUCGAAAACAGAUGUUGCAUCUCUGCAGAAAGGUGCAAGAAGGAUCCCAUCCAGAUGUAAAAGAACUCAAAGCUGUGAGGACACUAUUUGAGGGGCAUCCCUUUGGCAUCCGAAAGCUCAGUGUUCAACAAGUGAGAGUUCUAAGUCGCGUUCUGUUUCUGACGCCUCGUUUGCCACCCGCUGUCCUACGAUACCGUCUGCGGACCCACCUGCUAGAACUGUACCACCUGGACCGAGCCAUGGUAAAACUGGGAGUGACGGAGCUGUCGGACGAGGAAGCGCAAGUGGCCUGUUACACCCGGGGCUUGAAUUCUGUCCAUUUCAGCCCACUACAGUGCAGGCUGUGGCUGGACCAAUGGCUGGAGCUCUCUCGCUCACUGAAAGACACUGAAGCAUCGCUCUUGGCCCACAGCAUGGUCUUACUUUCCACCAACUACCUGUCUCCUUCCAAGGGCUGACCAAUGUGCAGUUCUCUCCUGGACCACUUUUGAAGAGAUGCUGCGACAGUGACUCUUGGGCUGCAGGAAAAAGGAAUGCACGUUUUGCUUGCACUAAAGUGAACGGGAGGAGAGACCAUUCCUCCCAUCUCCUUCUAGGGGCUAAUAAUGCUGUUUGGAGCACUGCACUGAGGAGAAGUGAAAUCUUUCGUUCUGACCUUCGGGGAGAAGAAACAACUGCCGGCAUUGUGGAGAUGUCUCCACCAGAAAUGUAGAUUACACCAACUCAGACUUCCAUGUUUAUUUCUACUGCUUAGCUACAGUGAGAAGGAGCUUUCGAAUACCACCAAAACGACUUGACUUCAAACAUGGGGCCUUACCUGAUACUUUGGGGGAGGGAUUUUGUGCUGCUUCUCCCCCAUGUCCAUAUAGUAAGGAAAAGCUAAAUUAAUAUUGGUGGGUGAUAGCUAAGUGCUCCAUUCCUGAGUUGUCACACUGUGCUGCAAGAAUAACCGCGCAGCUUGGUUUUUAGUUCUUUCCUUCAGAACUGUAUCAUUCUGUGAAAUCCUAGUAAGUGCUUGAGCUGUGGCACUUCUGCUGGACAGAUAUGUUGGCUCUCAGGGAGAGCAUUAUAAAGUGCAUGUUGGAGUCAGAGAAGCUCAAGAUUCCAACCUGUGAUGGCUGACUCUUCUGCAGAACAGGUUACAUGCUACCCAAUCCACCAAAAGCGCUUGCACCCCAUUUCUGACCUCCUAAGUCUUAAAUUGUACCCUAAAACUUUAGUUUACACAGCCCAAAGCAAAGAUCCUUGACUAAGUACAUCUUUUAAAAAACCCCUAGUAACUGGAAUUCUGGCCAAGGCUGCCGGAGAGAGGUAUUCCCCAUCCCUUUUUUAGUGGUUGAACUCAUGCAUUGAACGGACUGCGUUGUUAUCUGUGAAUAGUCCAUGAAUGAUGGCUAAUAAAGACAUUCUAAUCACA